CCAACGAAUCGUCGAGUCUCCGGUUUUACCGCCUCAGCCGGUUGUUUCUCCCAAAUCUUCAGGCUCUCUCACUUUUCCUUCUAUAUAAAGCGAUAAUCUCUCAAUCGAAAAGAGAACUCCUCUCUUCAGAAUUUGAAAAGUCAAAGUGUAUCUGCUGCAGAUGAACAGAUUCAUUAGUCAGUUUUCCUGUGAGUUGAUGAACGACAAGUGUACUAGCGGCGGCGAUACGACGACUCUCCGAUCGGCCGUCAAAGGAUCGACCUCAGUUAGUUCUGCUUCGCCGCUUAGUUCCGUCGCAUCACCGUCGUCGUCUUCUGUGCGGAGACUCAGAGGCGAUCUAGAAUCGAGCAGAUUUGGUGCGGCGGCGAGCGAGAAGCUGAGGCAGGCGGAGGAAUCUUUAAGGACGGUUAUGUUUCUGAGCUGUUGGGGAUCUUGUUAGAUCCGGUGGAGAUGAUAAUAUAUAAAUCAUAACAUAUCCAUAUGUGAAUAUUUUUGAUCUUUGUAGUUUUUUUUUAAUUUCAGUAAAUCAGUGUACAAAACGAAAAGUUGUGAUGAACAGUUUUUCACAAAAUUUCAUGAAAGUACGGUAUGUGGAUAGGUUAUGAUAUAUAUAUAUAUAUAUAUAUAUAUAUAUAUAUAUAUAUAUUAAUUUUAUUCCAUAAUCUCAGAAAUGGGGAUAAGCAACAAACUUUGCAACAAGUGAAAUUGAAGAAAAGACGGUACAACCAUAGACCUAGCAAACUAGACUCCGUAAGACGACACAGCCAAGCUGCCGGAUAACAGCUCCGGAUCAGAUUUCAUCACUGUUAUGAUAAAUAUUUUUGUUUUUUGUUUUUAACAUUGAAUACUUCAACAUAAGAGGACCCAUAAAAGGAUCGAGAGUUAGGGAGAACCCCUGAGUGAUACAAACGACAUAUGAAUUUUGAUCCAUUUGAGCUAUACAAAUUUUAAGGAUUUCGAUAAAAAUUUAGAUGCCGUUCGUGUGUAAUAACUUUGAAUUUUUUUAAGAUGGUAGGCUAAGGUUUUACUUAUUUAUGCUUAGAAUUGGUUUUUAUAUUUGAGAUAUGUUCAGAGGAACCAUUUUUUCAUACCCAUUUUGGGUCAAAAAGAGU